AAGCCUGGCCAUAGACCGUCUAUGAGCCCAAUAAGCAGCGAGCAGCAGCAGCAACCGGCCCAGCGGGACGCUCAACACUUCUCCUGGGGUUUUUACAUCCACUAAUCAAAACGUCGUACGCAAUGAGAGGGGACCGCGGCAGGGGCCGAGGAGGCCGCUUCGGGUCCCGGGGAGGACUAGUGCAGGGGUAUCGGCCAUUUGUCCCACACAUCCCUUUUGACUUUUAUGUGUGUGAGAUGGCCUUCCCCAGAGUGAAGCCUGCACCUGAUGAGACAUCUUUCAGUGAGUGUCUUCUGAAGAGAAACCAGGACUUGAGCCCCACACCUGCAGAGCAGUCCUCCAUCUUGUCCCUGGUCACAAAGAUCAAUAAUGUCAUCGACAACCUGAUUGUUGCGCCUGGCAACUUUGAAGUGCAAAUUGAAGAGGUGCGCCAAGUUGGAUCUUACAAGAAGGGCACCAUGACUACGGGACACAAUGUGGCUGACCUGGUUGUAAUCCUCAAGAUCCUCCCAACACUGGAGGCAGUUGCUGCUCUCGGGAACAAAGUGGUGGAGACUCUUCGCACACAGGACCCUACUGAAGUGCUGUCCAUGCUGACCAAUGAGACGGGCUUUGAGAUCAGUUCAGCGGAUGCUACCGUCAAGAUUCUCAUCACCACCGUUCCUCCCAACUUGCGCAAGCUGGACCCGGAGCUGCACUUGGACAUCAAGGUGCUGCAGAGUGCUCUGGCCGCCAUCCGCCACGCCCGCUGGUUUGAGGAGAACGCCUCCCAGUCAACGGUCAAAGUACUGAUCCGCCUGCUGAAAGACCUGAGGCUGCGCUUCCCUGGCUUUGAGCCUCUCACUCCAUGGAUCCUGGACCUGCUGGGCCACUCUGCAGUGAUGAACAACCCAUCCAGGCAGCCUCUGUCCCUCAACAUGGCCUACAGGCGCUGCCUGCAGAUGCUGGCUGCUGGCCUCUUUCUGCCCGGCUCUGUGGGCAUCACUGACCCCUGUGAAAGUGGAAACUUCAGAGUGCACACAGUCAUGACUCUCGAGCAGCAGGACAUGGUGUGCUUCACAGCUCAGACACUGGUGAGGGUGCUCUCUCAUGGAGGCUACAGAAAGAUCCUUGGAUUGGAGGGAGAUGCCAGCUACUUGGCAACAGAGAUGUCUACAUGGGACGGGGUGAUUGUCACCCCUUCAGAGAAGGCCUAUGAGAAACCUCCAGAGAGGAAGGAGGAGGAAGAUGAAGCUCUGGAGGAGGGAGGAGAUGGAGAAGAUGAGAGCAUGGAGACCCAGGAAUAACAAAGAGGGCUUGGUGUCGACCUUCAUAUGCUCACGGUGCCGGGUCUCUUGUGCUCCCCUCUGCAGUGACCGUCGUUACGUCUGUUGAAGUCCCUGCAGCUCGGCCACGGUGAGCUCUGAUGAAUCAUCAGCAGCAGAAGGUUCACCUGAGGGCCCCUGUGUGUUCACACCAAGGACUGGCCUCCUUUAUUGUGCUUUUUAUUUUUUAAAUUGUGAUGUUUUUACUUGCUUUUGGUUUUCUUCAUACUUUCUCUUUGUAACAGUGGCAUAAAUGUUUUUAGUUCAA